AUCUUGCUGUCUUACUUUUAUCAGCCCUUUUCGGUUUUAACGGAGGCUAAGAAGGAAGACGAGGCCAAAAGAGCAACUCUGUUAAAUUUCUACAAGGAUACUGAGGCUUGUUUGAACAACCUGGAUGAUAAGUUCAGAUCUAUCUUAGAGCUGAUUACAGGAAAACUGAAAGACAAAAUUGCUUUGCACAAACACAGCCUGGAAAAGAAGGAAUACGUCGUACUCGUUGCAGGUGAGACAAGUUCUGGAAAAAGCACCUUGCUGAAUUUGAUUCUUGGAGAGGAAAUUCUUCCUCACUCUGUUCUCAGCACAACUUCUACUAUUUGUGAGCUGAAAUACGGAGCAACGCCCAAAUUAGUGGCGCACUUGAAAGAGAAAAAUCCACAAACAGGACUUGCUGAGAAGACUGUGUGGCUUGGUCAGCCAAUGAAGGCCUCUCAACAAAGCUAUCUUGAACAAAUCUCUUCCUUUGUGCACCAAAAGAGUGAACGGGAGAAAGGGUCGGAUUACAAAAAGAUAGAAGUCUUUUGGCCCCACAGCUUGCUAAAGCAAGGAAUCGUUUUAGUGGACAGUCCUGGUAUUGGUGAGUCACAGAUUAUGGACGACAUGGUCAAAGAGUACCUCCCAGAGGCUUUUGCUUUCAUCUACGUGAUUAACAGCACGAACGCUGGAGGAAUUCAGCCAGACAGGGUAGAAAGACUGCUGGAGCUCACUAAAAAGAUAUCUCUUGACCAACAAACGGAAUUCUCACCCACUCGUGCUCUGUUUGUGUGCAAUAAGUGGGACUGUAUUGCGCCUACAGAGGCCGAUGCUGUUAAGAAUCACAUCAUUAAGAAACUCAAACGGUGCUGGCCCAGUUUAAACCCAGAUUCCCAGAUCAUUCACAUGUCAUCGAGGAUUGCCAUGCAUGCGCAGGGAUAUGGAUUCAUCACCGAAGAAUUUGUCAGCCUGAUGAGUGGUAUCAAAUCCAUGGUUUUGAAGAGUAUUGAAGCAAGGCUGCACACGCAGUGGAGAUGGCUUGACUACCUCCUUUCACGAAUAGCUUAUGUCACGAGAGCUUUCAUUCGUAAUUCUCACUGUGAUCGCACAAAAGUUACUGAGAGAUUGAAGCUUAUCACGGAACGCCUCGCGAUGAUUGAAAAACAACAAGGUUCAGUUGCCAAGGAGCUGCAAGAUUAUCUGGAGAACAAGAUUGACAACGCUGUCAGUUUACUGUCCAAGAACCUCAAGUCUCCUGAUGUUGUUGGGCAAUUUACUUCAUGGACGUUGGAUGAUGUUCCAGACGCUGAGGAAAGUUGGGUGAUGACCAACCAUUACAUUCAAAAGGCAUUCAGGAAGCGACUCCAGGACGUGAUCGCCUCGUGGGAAGAAGACCACCAUGUUUUUGCCGAUGCUCGCACUUCUCUGGUCAAGUACUUUCAACAGCGAUUUAGCUAUGUUGAGGGACAACUUCGAUAUCUGGAGAGCUCUGUCGUAAACUUCGUAGCAGAUGAAGCAGCUAUUUCAGAAACUGGUUUCCAGUCUCCUGACAACUUUAGCGCGGCCGAAAAAGUUAUCGUUGGUGUCACAAGCCCAUUUUGGGUUCCAAUCGGCCUGAUUGCCUUGAUAGUCAGUGCUCCUAUAGUUGGUGCGAAAGCCCUCAUGAAGAAGCGGGAAAAUUGGAAAAAGAUGAAAAAGUACCAAGAAGACAAAUGUGGCUUUCUGGCAAAGGCCUCCAAAGAAUUCCUACGUGAGGCAACUGAAGAUAGGUCUCUGCGGUCGUACGUGAUGGAACAACUUAAAGAGUGUCAAGUGUAUCUCAGGCAAGUUGUAGCUCGUAUCCCUGAGCUCAUCGAGGCUGACAAAUUGCUCUGUCAACAGCUGAGAGAUGAGAUCCGCUUACAGAAAGAAAUAGAAUAUUUCUACAAACCUUUGUACCAAAGGAGUUUAGAUCUAAGGAGUAACAUGGCUUUGUUCGACAUCCAGGAAGUACGCACCAUUGAUAUCAGUUGCGACGAUUUGGAAUGGAAGGACGAUAGAAGUUCCCUCCUGGGAAGAGGUAAAUUUGCCUCUGUCUAUCGUGGAAAGCUGAAGGUGCAGAAUGGAGAGCAACCCGUGGCUUUGAAAGUCAAGCAAGAUAAGCUAAACAGCUCCAACGCAAAUGCCUUCCUAGCUGAAACAGAGACAUUAAGGAAUCUGCCUGAUUAUCCCUUCAUUCAAAAGUUUUAUGGUGCAGCACUGCUUAAGGAAGGGAAAGAAGUGAGGGGGAUCCUGGUGCUGGAACUUUGCAAAGAAAACUUGAGGAGACACAUUUUCCUGAAUCCUGAAAACAUAUGUAGGAUAUCCACAGACCCUGCUACAAGGACCAAAGUAAUCCGAUGGGCGGGAAACAUAGCUAAUGCUUUAGAAUUCCUACACGAACAAGGAAUUUUUCACAUGAACCUCAAGCUGGAAAACGUGCUGUUAUCGCCCGAAGAUGUUGUGAAGGUGGCGGAUGUUGGUGUUGUUGGUGUUGGCGUUUCUGUUGCUUACACCGCACCGGAAGUGAUUACAUCCAGUGUGUAUGAUCGUGGCCACGUCGAUAUAUACAGCUUUAGCAUCACAAUGUGGGAGAUGUGGUACGGUAAGAGAGCCUUUUUCGACGUAAAAGAUCUGGAUGCCUCUGAAGUGGCUAAAGGAAAGAGACCCUUGCAUGUUGAAGACAACAUAAGGCCGCCAAUUGGUUGGCAACACCUGAUGGAACGGUGCUGGGAUGGAAACGCAGAAACACGGCCAACCGCUGCAAUGUGUCACAAUGAGUUAACUUUUCUCUACCGAGAAGCAGUGACAUCUAUUUGAAACAAUGUUAGCAAUAACUUAUUGCAGCUUUUUUGACAUUUUGUCUGUUUAAACAACGUCUUCAUGAGCAGUAUCUUAUGUUAGAGUAGCGUAUUUUUUUUUUGUUUCGUUUCUUUUUUCUUUUUUCUUUUUUCUUUUUGCUUUUUUCUUUUUUCUUUUUUUUUUUUCUUUUUGUUUUUUGUUUUUUGUUUUUUGUCUUGUUUUCGUUUCGGGUCACUACCUGUCGGAUUUUCAUGACUUUCAUGGUUUUCAAACCCGACUGUCAGGUGGGGAUACUGAAACACGAGGUCUGAUCAGAAAUUAUUGAGUUUUAGAUAGAAGUAAAUUAGAAAGUAUUUGCUAAAAUGUUUAAACCAAGCUUGCUCCUCAAUCUACCCAUGCUCAAAUGCUUUUUUUUCUUGUUAUAUACACGCCACGUAGUUUGAAAUUGGAGUGGCAGGCUAUUCCAGAUUUCGCCCGCACCUAAAUUGUUCGGAACUGGCUGAGAGACAA